UGUCAUGAAUUUUCCAAAUAGACUGCCAGCAGAAAUUCUGUUUCCAGGAAGCCAAGCUACUGGUAAACGAAGAAAAACAAAAUUUCUUCAAUCAAUUCUUCUUGUUCUUCAAUCUCUGCUCUAUUCUAUUCUCAUAUUCUCUUUGAAAAAAAUUUUCAAUGGCUGCUGAUUUGAAGAAAUUAGAAUACCUUUCCCUGUUAUCUCACGUUUGUUCCGAGCUCCAAACCCACUUAGGAUUUGCAGACAAAGUAUUGGCUGAAUUCGUCACGGAAUUGGGUCGUACUUGUAAUUCUUUCCCGGAAUUCCAAUCCAAACUGAAGGAAAACGGGGCUGAAUUGCCUGAAUACUUGGUCAGAAAUCUCAUUAAGAUCAUUCAUGCCAUUCUUCCGCCGCCGAAAUUGGAUGAGAAAUUAGGGAAGGAGGGCUUGAUUGGUCGUGUGUAUAAGGGUAGAGUUUCGAGAGUUAUGGAUAAGGGAUGUUUUGUUGGGUUGGAUGAGUUUAAGGGGAAGGAGGGUUUGGUUCAUGAAUCCGAUUUUUUUGAUGGGAAUAUCAAGGAUGUGCGAAUUGGGGAGGAGGUUUAUGUAAAAGUUGUUUCUGAUUCACCUGGGCGAAAAAGGUUGAGGCUUUCCAUGAAGGAUGUUGAUCAGGAUACUGGUAAGGAUUUGAGAUUGUUGAAGAAGGAGAAGGCCAAUAGUGAUAAUUUGAGGACUAGGUUAAAAGAAAGACGCAUGAUUAGGACUGGUGUUUCUGGAAUUAAGAUGAGCUUAGAAGUGGAAGACAGAGAUGAUGCGCAAAGAAGGAUGAGAAUGAGCUCUCCGGACGAGUAUGAAUUUAAUCAGUUGAUUGCUUCAGGGGUUUUGAGUGUGAGAGAGUAUCCAGUGUGUGAUGGUCAUGAGGAUGAUGCAGAGGCUGAGGAAGAGAUUGAGGUAGAGCUGAAUGAGGAUGAACCAGCCUUUCUGAGAGGGAAAACUAGACAUAGUACUGGUAUCGAUAUGUCACCUGUGAAGAUAUUUAAGAAUCCAGAAGGAUCAAUGAGUCGUGCAGCUGUACUUCAGUCUGCACUCAUGAAGGAACAGAGAGAAGUGCGUGAAGAGAAGCUGAGGAGGAUGCUUGAUUGGAUACCUAAGGAUCUUAAUCGUUCUUGGGAAGACCCAAUGCCUGAGACUGGAGAUAGGCAUCUUGCCCAGGAGCUUAGGGACGUUGGCUCAUCUGCAUAUAGCAUACCAGAAUGGAAGAAGGAUACCUUUGGGAAAUCGUUCACUUUUGGGCAAAGGUCGAAGUUAUCCAUCCAGGAACAGAGGCAGUGCUUGCCUAUUUACAGGUUAAAGGAGGAAUUAGUUAAGGCUGUGAUUGACAACCAGGUGCUAGUUGUUAUUGGUGAGACUGGCUCAGGGAAGACUACACAGAUAACCCAGUAUCUUGCAGAGGCUGGUUACACAGCAAGUGGGAAAAUUGGCUGCACUCAGCCACGUAGGGUAGCUGCAAUUUCUGUGGCAAAGAGGGUGGCGGAAGAGUUUGGUUGUCGUUUAGGAGAGGAAAUUGGUUAUGCUGUUCGCUUUGAGGACUGCACAGGACCUAAUACCGUGAUCAAGUACAUGACUGAUGGUUUACUUCUCAGGGAAAUUUUGAUUGACAAGAGUCUGUCUCAGUACUCAGUCAUUAUGCUUGAUGAGGCUCAUGAAAGGACGAUUUACACUGAUGUUCUUUUUGGCCUGCUGAAGCAACUUCUAAAAAGGAGAUCUGAUCUCCGUUUGAUUGUAACAUCUGCCACGCUUGAUGCAGAAAAGUUUUCUGGCUAUUUCUUUAGCUGCAAUAUUUUCACUAUUCCUGGAAGAUCUUUUCCUGUGGAGAUAAUGUAUACCAAACAGCCAGAAAGUGAUUACCUUGAUGCAGCUCUGACAACAGUUCUACAAAUACACUUGACAGAACCUGAAGGAGAUAUUCUUCUCUUCUUGACAGGCCAGGAAGAAAUAGAUUGCGCAUGUGAGUCUCUUGGUACGAGGAUGAAAGGGCUGGGUAAAAAUGUUCCAGAGAUGAUUAUUUUGCCUGUAUAUAGUGCACUUCCUGGUGAAAUGCAAUCAAGGAUAUUUGAACCAGCUCCUCCAGGGAAGAGGAAAGUGGUUGUGGCAACCAAUAUUGCUGAGGCUUCUUUGACGAUAGAUGGAAUUUUCUAUGUCAUUGAUCCUGGAUUUAUGAAACAAAAUGUUUAUAAUCCAAAGCUAAGGGUUGAAUCUCUGGUUAUAACUCCUAUUUCACAAGCAUCGGCCAAGCAACGAGCUGGGCGUGCUGGGCGUACUGGUCCUGGAAAGUGCUACCGCCUAUACACUGAGAGUGCAUUUCGUAAUGAGAUGUCCCCUACUACAACUCCAGAAAUCCAAAGAGUUAACCUUGCAGAAACCAUGCUCACCAUGUUGGCCAUGGGAAUUAGAGAUCCCUUCUCUUUUGAUUUUAUGGAUAUGCCUUCAUCCCCAGCCCUCGUUUCUGCCAUGGAACAACUGUAUAGUCUAGGUUGUCUGGAUGAGGAGGGGCUUCUGACUAAACCAGGAAGACUAAUGGCAGAAUUUCCUCUUGAUCCACCACUGGCUAAAAUGUUGUUGGCUAGUGUUGAUCUUGGGUGCAGUGAUGAGAUUUUGACUAUUAUUGCGAUGGUCCAAACUGGUAACGUAUUCUACAGGCCAAGGGAAAAACAAGCUCAAGCAGAUCAGAAGAGGGCUAACUUUUUCUGUCCAGAAGGGGACCAUCUGACUUUACUUGCUGUAUAUGAGGCCUGGAAAGCUAAAGGUUUCUCAGGGCCUUGGUGUUCUGAGAAUUUUGUUCAGUCUCGAUCAUUAAGGACGGCACAGGAUGUUAGAAAACAACUUCUAACCAUCAUGGAUAAGUAUAAGCUAGAUGUUGGGAGUGCUGGAAAGGAUUUUAAGAAGAUAAGGAAAGCAAUUACUGCAGGAUUCUUUUUCCAAACAGCUAGAAAGGAUCCACAAGGUGGUUAUCGGAGCCUAGUUAACAAUCAGAUAGUUUAUAUCCACCCAAGUAGUGCUCUUUUCCACAGACAACCAGACUGGGUCAUCUAUCAUGAGGCAGUAAUGACUACAAAGGAGUACAUGCGUGAGGUAACUGUUAUAGACCCUAAAUGGCUUAUAGAACUGGCACCAAGAUUCUUCAGAGCUGCAGAUCCAACGAAGAUGAGCAAGCGCAAACGUCAAGAACGCACUGAACCGCUUUAUGAUAGAUAUCAUGAACCUAAUUCUUGGCGCCUCAGUAAACGGCGAGCUUAGUACAUGCUGUGGCAAUUCUGAGUAUGCUGGUUUUUGGAAUGGUGUAUUUUUAUUUUGAUUGUUUAGUACUCUCUUAAUUUGGUUUUUAAUUUUUUUUUAAUUUUUUCUUAGAUUUUUAGAAAUAUUUACCUGAACUCAACUUAGCAUCAGUGUUAAACAGGUUUGGCUUGAUUAUAAUCCUUUUCGUCCAUCUUGUUCACAUUGGAUCCAUGUCAGAGAGAUGUAGCUAGUAUCCUGCUGUCAGUUAACCUAAUGCAGUCCUCCUUGAAUCAUAAGCUUGCAGAGCAGAAUGUCAGCAGUCUUUGAAGAAGCAAGCAAGCUGAUGAAUCAAAAUCAUACCUACCGUAGCCUUUGAGGGAUCCUUCCCAUUUUCUUGUUUGGUCCUCUUUCCUAUUAUAACGUGCCAUUUAUUUUGUGUGCUUGCUUACACCUAUGCACUUGAAUUUAACAGAAUGUUGCCUGGAUUUUAGGAAAUUAAGGUGUCACUUAGAGGACUGAAUAGUGCAAGUUUUUGCUAUUGAAGAGUUGUAUUCUUUUUAUGUUCUUAUAUAGGAAGGAACUUGCUGCUUUCGGACUUUCAGCAUAUAACUUUUUAAUUAUAAAACAGAUCAUCUAUAUGUACCAUUGGAGAAGUAUAACUUUUGAAAUAAGAAUCAGCGAUCAAAUGUUCCAUAGGAGAAGGGAGUCUGUUUUCAUGGUAUUUGCAAAUAGGAUCAUCAUGUAGAUGACUUUUCUCAUUUAAAUGAUUCUCUGUUUGAUGUUUAUGUGAUAUAUGCAUUCAUUCUAUGGGUUAGUCUGCAUAAUGUAGGAUUACAUCCAUAUGCCACUUUUUUCUUGGUUGUUUGAGUAGUAAAAAUGUAUUUGAAAGAAUCAAUCCACUUAAUCUGGGAUGAUAUUCACAUGGCUAUAUUCUGUUUGCUACUUGACAGUGGAAAUACAUAGGCAUCUAUCUUUCUUUUUACUCAAUACUGACCCCGCUCAACUGUCAAAAUCUGGUGCAAGAAAACCUGUCCAUGUGAUUGGGUGAUGGUUGGGUAUUUCCCAAAGAGGUUGGCAUUGAUGAAUCUGUGGUGGUGGUCAAAAGCAAUGAAAUAAAUCUCAUGCACGGAUUUCAUUAUUGUCUGCAUUUUAUAUGGAUGUGAAGCAAAAUCUAGAAUAUGGUGACUGGGAUUUUGCUGUAUGAUCACUUAAUGGUGGGUGAAGUCUAAACUCCUGAGUAUUCCUCUUCCUUUCUUGUCAUGGACAUAAAAAUUUGAAGUCAGUCUUCUGAAACUCCACCGUAAUAGCUGCUCGAUGGGAGGCAUAUUUGGUUUAACUGUUGGACAUCAUUGAUAACUGGAUAGCUGAUAGUUGAUUGUAAUUGACAGAAGUGUUUGGUAAAACUAUGCCUAGUUGUGAGGUUGUUUUCAUAUUACUUAUCAUUUAAAAUUCACAUUUAUCUAA